CCAACACAAUAUUCUGUAAAACGCCGUUGCUGCUCAGAACGGAGUCCUGCUAGAAGCGCCUGGACCCUGCUUCUGCGUUCUCAUGUGGCUGUUGCAUCGUUCAUGUUGCCAUCAGAAUUUCUCAACUCCCAGAAAUAACCCUCGCGUAUCUCAGAUCUGGCCUUCCUUCUUUUGUUGCGGCGUCCCAAGUCUCUUGUCCGUCUCUUCUUUCGUGCGAUCUUUCAGCCUUCCUUCUUCGUCUCAUCUUGUGUUGCUCACUUGCUUCGAUUUGCAUUGCCAUCUUAUUUUGCUGCUCACCCAGUUCUUCGUCUCAUCGGGUUCGACUGCUCACCUGAUCUCUUCACGUUUUGCAAGGAAACUUCUAGAGAGAAGUACAGAAUUGGAGGCCAUCAAAUACAUAGAGAUGGGUUGCAGAAGUAGAGAAUUCUUCUCAGACGACUCUUCUUCUUCAUUGUGUGAGGCUUUGCUCUUUGCCACCAUGUGCAUCAUUGGCCUUCCUGUUGACGUGCAUGUUAAGAAUGGUUCUGUCUAUUCUGGAAUCUUCCACACUGCUUCUGCUGACAAAGAUUACAGUAUCAUUUUGAAGAAAGCAAGGAUGAUCAAGAAGGGAAAAGGUGAUGAGAAUGUGGGAAAGGAGGGGUUGAUAGAUACUCUAGUAAUCCAAUCAGAUGACCUUGUGCAAGUUGUUGCUAAGGGUGUAAUGCUUCCUGCCGAUGGUGUUAGUGGAAAUAUGACUGGUAACGAUGAAGAGGCAGCUGAGCAUACUGCUUCUAGUGUAGAGAAACCAGAAGGGUCUCUGAUGGAUGAUAAAAUGCAGGUUAAUGAAUCAAGACAGGAUGGAGAUGACAUGUUGAAAGGGCAAACUGGUAAUUGCAAACAGAAGUUUGGGUUUGCUGAAGAAAAAAUUGUUGAAAAGGUUCAAGGCCAUUCUUCGAGCCCUGAAAUGGAUGCAUGUCCUAUGCAAGUAGGGUUUGCUGAACAUGGACACGCAUACAUGACAGCUAAAUCUUCUGGGAAUGGGUCAUACAGUGCUCCAGAAUCUGUUAAAGCUAAUGAUCGAUGUUGUGAGAAGUCUAAUUUAGCCAACUUUGCUGCUACAGAUGCCGCUAAAGUUGGGGAUCAUGCCUCAGAGUUGCAUAAUAUUUCAGCAAAAUCUGUACUAAGGAGUACAGAAUCAAUAAAGAACGCUAAGGAAUUCAAGCUCAACCCAGAUGCCAAAGUUUUCUCUCCGUCCUUUGUAAAUCCUAUUUCAGUUACUCCUACUGUGCCACCCGUACCAACAGUUGCGAACAUGGCUUACCUACCAAAUUCCUCUUCUGUUGUACCCAUUGCUGCUAUUCAAUCAGAAGUUGGAUUCAACACUCUUGUGUCUCGUCCUUCUUUGCCUGUUAAAGUUGCUCAGUAUGGUAAUUUGACAGCAGCAAAUGGUGGCAGUGGCUCUCAAUUCACCCAACCUAUUGUUGGACAGCUGACGCAUCGUACACAACCUCUAAGAUUUGCUGCACAUUAUAAUCCUGUUUUGUCUGAACCAACUUAUCUGCAACCUAGCUGUCCUGCUGUUGUGGUUGGGCGUUCAGGGCAGCUUGUCUAUGUCCAUCCUGUUACUCAUGAUCUGGUCCAUGGUGCUAUGUCUAUCUCACCUGUCUCACCACGCCCUUUGUUGAAUAUGAAUCAUGUUCAAUUUCCUAAGCAACAAGGAGGCACAAUGGGUCAAGUGAUGCCGUUUUGUGUUCCGCCACCUGUCCUAGCAAAUGGGCAGCAGCCCUGUUCACUACAAAACCACAAUCCAGUUUUGCAACCUUCCCUUUAUGCAACUCGACCGAUUCCAGUUCUGGGACCGAACGGUUUCUACGGCACUAAAUUUUGAUCGAAUUUUGCAUUUUCUUCUGCUGUGUUACUGAGCCUAUCCCUUCUACCUAUUUGUUUCUUUUUACUUGUUCUUUGAUUGGAGCUCUUUCAUAGAUUCAAAUUUCUGUUCUUUCUACCACCUUAUAUAGUAUCAAAUUUUGUUCCCUUCUUUCCACCUCCUCUCUCUUCAUUAUAAGUGUACAGUUUGCUUGCUUUAGCCAUAUUAUGAGAUAUCUUGUGAGAGGAAUAGUUGUAUUGAAGCCUGGAUUAAAGGAUGAGGUUUAAUUUGUAUUU